AUGGAUGUGCAGCUAGACGGACAGCUCCAGCUGCAGGUCGCAGCAACACAGCAGCAGCAGCAGCAGCAGCAGCUGUGGCCAAUGGAGAAGCAGGAGCAGCUGCAGCAGCAGCAGCAGCUGCUGCUACUGCAGCAACACCAGCAUAAGGAGGGCCCAGGAACUUCACCGGAAGCCUUUAUGUUUGUGGUGUAUAUCCACUGCGUCAAGUGUGUUAAGGGAGCAGCAGCAGCAGCAGAAGCAGCAGCAGCAGCAGCAGCAGGGAGUCGAGUUGCAGUUGAGUGGACGGCGCAGUCUGUCGUUCCUGCUGCAGCAGCACCAGCACCAGCAGCAGCAGCACCCGCUCCCUGUACCCUCACUCUUCGUCUUGUUGAGGAAGGGACAAAUGUGCCGCUGCUGCUGGGGUCUACGGACUUGAGAAGCUUCGGGCUCUCAGAGAGGUUCAGGAGACAGAAGGUGUAUCUGGAGAGGACAGAUGGGUCGCCCAGCAGCUGCCUGAGCGGCAGCAGCAGCAGCAGCAGCAAACUGCAGCAGCAGCAGCAGCACGUGGCAUACGUCUUCGUUGCUUCGCAGCGUCGCUGGCAGCAGCAGCAACUAUCUAGCAGCAGCAGCAGCAGCAGGCUGCGGCAGCAGCAGCUCCACUUUACGGAGCCCCACAGCGACUUGCAGGCCUCUUACCUUCUUCAGGUGCGGACGUUUUGCUGCAGGAAACUGCAGCAGCAGCAGCAGCAGCAGCAGCAACAAACUGCAGCAGCGAGUGCAGCAGCAGCAGCAGCUGCUGCUGCUGUUGUGCAUGCGUUAUCUUUCUGUCUCUCUUGCGGUCUCCCUCAGGCACUGUGUGCUCUUAUCGCUGAAAGGAAGCAAACAUGUGAGGUUGCUGCUGCUGCUGCUGCUGCUGCUGCUGUUGCACCUGCUGUUGCUGCUGUGGCCUCAUCAGCAGCAGAACCGCAAGAGGUAGGUAUGCCUUCAGAGAACGCAUCAGCAGCAGCAGAAGCAGAAGCAGCAGCACAAACAGCAGCAGAAGCUGAUGCUUGCCGCGAGGCGUCUCCUCCAGCAAUACAUUCAGGGAAGCAGCAGCAACAGCAGCAGCAACAGCAGCAGCAACAGCAGCAGCAACAGGAGCAGCAACAGCAGCAGGAAGAUGACAUAUCACCGGAACAACCACAGCAGCAGUUGCAGCAGCAAAAGACUGAAGACGAAAACGCCGCCUCACAAUUGCUGCUGCAGCAGCAGGAGACACUGGAACUGCACUUGUCUCCUCCUGGUGCAACAACAACAGCAGCAGCAGCAGCAGAAGCGCAGCAGCAGCAGCAGCUGCAGCAGCAACGGCAGCACUUUAGGGAAGACCCUCAAAAUGCUGCAUGCGCUGUCAGUCAUGGAGCCUCUCUUGACCCCACGGGGUUGAGUCAUUUGCUGCAGCAGCAGCAGCAGCAGCAGCAGGAAGUGCAGCACAAGCAGCAGCAGCAGCAACCUGCCUCGCCCAUAACGGAUCUGCUGCUGCAGAGCCACGCAGCAGCAGCACCUGGUGCGGUGCGUCGUGCUGCUAGCGGGAUGUCUACUGCUUGGCAGCAGCAGCUGCAGCAGCUGCAGCAGAAGCUGCAGCAGCAGCAGCAGCAGCAGCGGAGGCGGAGUCGCAUAAGAAGAAGUCUCUCAUCUCCUUUUAGCUUCACUCCUUUUCCACGCAGCACGCGGCUGCUGGACGAGCUGUCUCCUCUUCAGUCUCCUUACAGCUGCUGCAGCAGCAGCAGCAGCAGCAGCAGCAGCAGCGCUGUUGACCCUUGGAGAUCUUUGGCUGCGUCUCCUACUGCAUCGGCUGCAGCAACAGCUGAUGCAGCAGCAGCAUCUGCUGCUGCUGCUGCUGCUGCAGCUGCAGGACAAGAGAGAGAUAUUUUGAACUCUGGCAGCUCGGUUACGCAGACGCAUAAGUAUGAGGACCCCCUGCAGCAGCAGCAGCAACAGCAGCAGCAGCAGCAACAGCAGCAGCAGCAGCAGGUAGGGCCCUCUUUGUCAUCUUGUGAAUCCAGUGCAAAUCUGCGCUGUUCUACGACGCAGCUAAACUCAUCCGCUGCAGCAGCAACGGCAAAAACAGCAGCAGCAACGGCAGCAGCAGCAGCAACAACAGAAGGAGCAGCAGCAGCAGCAGCAGCUACAACAGCAGACAACUGGAGCAUGCAUGCAGAAGCAAGCCCCAAAUUCUAUGAGCACUCCCCACCGGGGUUCAGUAGGAGUCCUCGCAGCCUCUGCAGCAGCAGCAGCAACAGCAGCAGCAGCAGCAACACCAGCAGCAGCAGCAGUAGUAGUAGUACUACUCUUACCAGCCCUAUGAGCUACACGGCUGUGCUGCAGCAGCAGCACCAGCAGCAAGAUCUGCUGCUUGAAGAUGCUGCUGUUUCUGAUGGAAGCACUGCAUAUGAGGCAGCAAGAAGAACAUUAAAGCGGGCAGCUGCUGCUGCUCACAGCGGAGUGUCUCCUGGAGCAGCAGCAGCAGAUGCAGCAGCAGGAGUGCUGCUGCAGCAAGUGCAGCAGCAGCUGCUGCAGCAUCACCACAGGCUGCGGCGACUGGCUGCUAAUAGACAGGGAGCAGCAGCAAGCAGCAGCAGCCCCAGCACCACUCAGUCGCAGCGCAGCAGCAGCAGCGGCAGAGAGGACCCUCUGCUGCUGCAGCUGCAACAGGCUCUAGAAGAAGCAGCAGCAACAUGCUCACGACUGCUGAAAGAGCAGCAGCAGCAGCAACAGCAGCAGCAGCUGCUGCAGGGGCGUGGCCUUAGUCUGAGCGUCUCCGAGUUUGCUGAUGGUAGCAGCAGAGUCUCUGCUGCUGUUUCUGGAGAUGCUGCAGCAGCACAGACAGCAGCAGCAGCAAAAGAGCUGCUGCUGCAGCGCAGCAAGAUCUGCGAGCUGCAGCAAAGACUGGCGCGUCUAUGUGAGCAGCAAGCCACACCGUCACCAGCAGCAGCAACAUUAGGAGCAACAGCAACAGCAGCAACAGCAGCACCGCAUUCGGCGGAAGUUUGUGCUGCUGCUGUCUCUCCAGACUGGUCCUCUGCAGCAGCAGCCGAUACAGCAGCAGCAGAUGCAGCAGGAACACCACCAGCAGCAACAAAGCCGCCAGCAGCAACAACAAAGCCAGCAGCAGCAGCAGCAGCAGUAUCGCUAGCAGACUGCAUGCGUUCUCUGACGCUGCAGCAGCAGUCCCUCGAAAAGCUGCGCGAUGCUGGCCUGCAGCAGCAGCAGCAGCCGCAGCAACAGGAAGGAGCCCAGAGAGAGCAGCAGCACCCGCAGAAACAGCAGCAGCAGCAGCAGCAGCAGCAAUGCGAGGCGAGUGAGAAAGAGAGCGAUGUAGAUGCGUUGCUGGCAGAGCUGCUGCAGGAUGAAGGAAGGCUGCGGUGUACAUACAGCUCGCUGAUUUCUAAUUCUGAGCCACCAACAGCAGCAGCAGCAGCAGCAGCAGCAGCAGCAGCAACAGCAACAACCCCACCACCAGCAGAAGCAGUAGAAGGCACAGCUCACGAAGCAGCAGCAGCAUCAGCAGCAGCAGCAGCAGCAGCAGAUACAACAACGGCUGAUACGGAAGCAGCAGCAAGCACAGGAUUUGAAUGCCCUGUCCUACCGACUGUCUCCGAGGCCCUCUCCCCCAGUUAUGUUCAGCAGCAGCAGAAGCAACAGCAGCAGCAACAGCAGCAACAGCAGCAGCAGCAGCAGCAGCAACAGCAUCAAAAGCAGCAACUUCAACAGCAGCAGCUGCAGCCUCGUGUGAAUGCUGCUGCCAGCUCGCGCAGCGGGAGAGAUGUUCUGGUUGAGCCCCAAGGGCAGCAGCAGCUACCUUGCCGCAGCUUCACCCCCAGCAGCAGCAGCAGCAGCAGCAACAGCAGCAGCAGAAGCUCGAGGCUCUCCCUUCAAAGAGAUGAAGCAACUCUUUCUCGAUCUCUUGGGGCCCUGCCUGCAGCAGAAGCAGCAGAGCCGCUGCGCUACUACCCAUUACACAUCAGUGCGCACCAGCAGCAACAGCAGCAGCAGCAGCAGCAGCAGCAAGAGGCGCUAAGGCACAUGCAAGAACAGCAGCAGCAGCAGCAGCUUCUGCUGCAGAAGCACCUGUGGAGUGCAGGCAUGUGGGGCCCCGCUGCCUCCUGGCAUCAGCAGCAAAGCUUUCAGAUGCUGCAGCACACGCUGGAGCCUGAGGAGGAGGAGCAGCUGCAGCAGCAGCUGCAGCAGCAGCAACUGCAGCAGCAGCAGCAGCAGCAUUUUCAUGGUGCUGUGCUACCCAUGGGGCGGCACCGCCUACAGGGUGCGGACGCGUGCUUGAGCAGCAGAUACACUGCUGCUGUCAGCUACCAGCAAACCAGCAGCAGCAGCAGCAGCAGCAGCAGCAGCAACAGCAGCAGCGCUUCUUUCUAUCAAACGCUGCUGUCUGCUGGGUCAGCGCAGCUGAGCUCAGCAGCAAACUGCAGCGCCAAAUCUUCUCCGUUGUCUUCCCUAUCAUCCCCUCACGACACCCAGCAGCAGCAGCAGCAGCAACAGCAGCAUCAACAGCGGCAGCAGCAGCACCAGCUGCUGCAGCACCAGCUGCGGAGACAGCUGGCGAGCCGCUCUGCUUCGCUGCCUGCACUCCCUCGGGUAAGAGAGUGGAUGUUUGCUGGAAGAAGGCCUCACCCGCUGUUUGCUGCUGCUGCUGCAUCCUCCUCUCCGCAGCAGCAGCAGCAGCAGCAGCAGCAGCAGCUAGCCGCAUGCAGAGGGCUGCAGCGGAUGAGGUCUCUGCCUGUUAGCGCCCACCCAGCAGAUUUCUUCGCUAGCAACAGCACCGAGGCACAGCAGCACAAAACAGCAGCAGCAGCAACACCAGCAGCAGGACGGCGGCCCCCCGCGCUGUUGGGUGUACCCGCAGGUGCUGCAGUUGCUGCGAGCUGGCUGCAGAGCCCUCAGUAG